UGUUUGCACUAGAUAGUGAGUGAAAAGGGAGAAGGAGGCAGUCAGCGGGAGGGAGGGAGUGAAUGAGAAGUCAAGGAGUGGAGCGUGAGAGGAGCUGUCAUACCUGCUGCUCUCACUGCUCAAAUAUUAAACAACGGGUUUUGGGGAACCGAUGCUGCUACUCUGGGACAAGUCCAAGCUGUGGAGGCAGUCGGACUCAGUGGUUUGUGGGCAGGAAGUCCGCUGCUCGAGCCACCACUGCAUCUAAGAGUCAGAUGGAGGAGGAGGUCUCAGAGCCCGAUCCUCAGACGGUGGAGCUCACUAGCAUACCACCCCCAGGGACACAGUCGGAGGUAAACGGAGACUUGCCAGGCAACCCGUACCUGAGGGAUGGGCUGUGGGAUGUGAUGGAGAGUCCAAGGAGGGAGCCUGUUGUGCUGCAGUAUCCUGCUGAGUACACUCACAGCCAUCACUAUGGGGAGAAGAUGCCGUUCCACCAUGUGACGGCAGGCCUGCUCUAUAAAGGGAACUACCUGAGCCGCUCACUGUCAGACAGUGACAGUGAUGUGCUGGCCAGUAUCUCUGUGGAGGAGCUUGAUGAGAUCCGGGAGGCGUUUAAGGUGCUGGAUCGUGACGGAAACGGUUUCAUUUCCAAACAGGAGCUGGGUAUGGCCAUGCGGUCUCUGGGGUACAUGCCCAGUGAGGUGGAACUGGCCAUCAUAAUGCAGAGACUAGACAUGGAUGGUGAUGGGCAGGUUGACUUUGAAGAGUUCAUGACGAUCCUUGGACCCAAGCUCCUGUCUUCUGAAACGAGAGAAGGCUUCCUGGGAAGCACAAUAGACACAAUCUUCUGGCAGUUCGACAUGCAAAGGAUCACCCUGGAGGAGCUGAAACACAUCCUGUUCUAUGCUUUCCGUGACCACCUGACCAUGAAGGACAUUGAGAACAUCAUCAUCAAUGAGGAAGAGAGCCUGAAGGAAAAUGCUGGGAACUGUCAGACAGAAUUUGAGGGAGUUCACCCCUCCAAGAAGAACCGUCAGACGUGUGUGAGGAAGAGCCUCAUCUGCGCCUUUGCCAUGGCAUUCAUCAUCAGCGUCAUGCUCAUUGCAGCCAAUCAGAUGCUGAGAAACGGCAUGGAAUAGCUGUGCCCACUGUGAGCGGGCCAGCCUGCAUGUGCAUGCCUCAGGGUGAGGUCAUAUUUUUGUUGCUACGACAAAAACUACAAGGAAUAACACUUCAAAAUAAUCAGUGACAUAAUCCAUUUUUUACUUUUUUUUUUUUUUGAACAAGGGGGCAGCUCUUUGCCCUGACAUCCAAUGAAACCAUGAAGCCAGCAUGAGGAGUCAUGUAGGACUCCUCCCUCUUUAUUCUGACAGGGACACUCAAGGGCUGACAUUACAUAUAAUACUCUGUCCACUCUGUUUCCCAAAUGCAAUAAAAAAAGAGUGCAGGAGUUCAGAGCUGUUCCCUUUUCCAGUAGAUGAGAUGUGCUGUGUGUCUGUAGACCUAUCACCUGUCGAGCUACCAGGGCUGUGAAAGGGACUGAGAGGAAGGGAUCCCAGCUGUUCUAGUUCCUGGAUGGAUGAUGGCAGAGCUGUUCGUGUCAGGCCACAGCUCCUGGAGCUCUCGUGGUGCUACGAUACUUCAACUCUUCAGCUUUCUCUUUUCAGCUACUGCAUCUGUGGGCUGGUAUGAGGUGCUAGCAUCAGUUCAUCAACUGUACAAACCAAGCAGCCAGGAGAGUAAAAUGGUAAAUGCUAAUUCCAGACCUAUGUCUUGGCCUUGUGAUAUUCAUGAAAAAAAUCCAUCACCUCAAAGUUUGGUUUUGGAUCUUCUCUCUCAGCUAAUGUUCAGACUGCAAAGAAGACAUUCCUGUGUCCUGUUACAGAAUCUGCUUUACUCAGAUUUAGUUGGGAAUGUGUUGCUACAUCAUGGACAGUCAUCUGUGGGAAGAAAAAGAAUACACCAAACUGACUUGAGAUGAAAGAUACAGUACGUCUGCACCAAUGGAGGUUUACUUAACAGUGUUCGAGUGUUUCAGGGUGGAUUUGUCUGUCCUUUGAGUCACCAUGAUUUGAUUUAAUGUGUUAUUCCAGUGCUGUGAAAAGUUUUGAUCCUUUUGCACAAAUUGUUGCUCUCAAAAACAGUUGUGAUGUGUGCAUCAUGUGCUUCCGUCUACAUUAAAAUUAUUUUAAAUUAAUGUAUUUAUGUAAUAAUUUUGGGCAAAGCCAGUAGCUGGAACCUGAACAUAGAAUCUGAGCAACACAGGAUAUAAACCAUUUACCACUUAUGUGUUGGCAAUGUGCUUGCCACUCAUAUUUUCUCUUCAUUUUGAAGCUUUUGCUGUUGUGUGAUAGAAAUCAGUGUAUAGACUGCAGGUAAAGAAAAUGUUUUUUAAUUUAUUUUGAAGCAAAUUCUGUAAAACACCUUGAGGGUUUGCAAGCUUUCUCACAGCACUGAAGAAUUGCAAGUCCUGUCCUGACUCACUGUAUUUCCUCUGAGGUGUGCUGUGAAUUCCUGCACUGACUCUUCAUCUCAACAUGUAAACCCAGCUGAGGGCCAGAAACAUCCUUAUUAUCAAGUGCAUGCGAUCAAGUCAGUGUCUUCUGUAAAUACUGUGACCCGCGUUUAAGUGUCUCACGUGUCUGAAGUUGUACAGUAUCUGUCUGUGCAUGACUGAUGGUGCUUUCUGCUCACUGGGGUUCAGAGGUGCAUGGAGGGACAUGGUAGGCCGAGGGGACUGCUUCGUCUCAACCACAUCAGGAGCUGGCAGCGACGGCCCUUUUUGCUUCCUCUGGCCAAAGCCAUAUAACUCUGCAGAGGUGAACUAGAUAAGACACUAUAAAUGCUUUUCCCUGUUCUCACAUGGAAACACAAGAUCAAACGGGCAUUUUUUGGCAGAUGUAUGUCUAUAAUGUACAAUUUGGUUUGCUUGUUUUUGCACUGUACCUGUCAUCCAUUACAAAGAAAUGACAAGGAAGGCUGUAGGUUUGUGCAACAGUGCCACCUAGAGGUGGGGUGAGCUCGGUGUCCAUGCUGUUGUUACACCAGUAUUUAUGUAUUUCUCAUUCUCUAAGCACUGUGUGAUGGUGACGGCGGGAAGGACUCUGGCAGCAUUAUAUUCACAUGUCCAGGAAUGUACUACUUAAUGUUAAAAUAUGAGGAUUUUUAUGUAGGCUAUAAUGUAUAAUAAUCUACCACCACUGUGGGUAGACCAACACUUGUAUGUGAACACAUAUUUAGACUAUUUAUAGGAAUAGAUUUCUUGCCUAUGGCAGAAAAAAAUCCUUUUAAACCUGUAAAAGGUUUCAUUCACAGAUUUAUCGAUAUUACGUUUGGAGACUGAAUAAAGAGCCGUCUUCAAAACCUUCUACAGUCAUGGCCAAAUAUAUUGGCUUCACCAAUAAAAUUGUUGCAUUCACAAAUUCUUUGGCAUAUGUAUUUUUUUUGUUUGCAGUGGAACAAUAAGAAAAGGCAGAGGGGAAAAAAGUCAAAUGUGAUGCAUUCCACACAGAACUGGACAAAAUCAUCAGUCAUGUAGACCUGAGAAUACCAAAGAGUUUGUGAUUGACAUUUUAUGGGAGGUGUGGUACGUUGUCUGGCAGAAAUGCAGAGGUGCCAAUAUUUUGGGGCAUAACUGUAGGUCAUAGAUUUUUUUUUUAUCUAAAAAAGUUAACUGAUUAAAUGUGUUUUUGUUUAUUUUAAUUUGUGGAUCUUGAAGAAUUGGUGGAAAUUUCCCACCAAAUUCACAGCUAGUCACUACUGUCAUGUAGUGGUUACCUGGAAAAUAUUUAAUUCUAUAUUUGGUCUUUGAGAAGAACUCAGUCUUUUAGUUUUUUUAGGAUUUGAGUUGGUGGCUGUGGUUACAGUUUUACUGUAAUCACAGCAUCCCCAUCCCUGCAGAGCAGUUGCAUGUAUUUAUUGCUGAAGUAAUUUUUUGUGGGGGUGCACAUAGCCACUCUUCAGUAGCAUGGUGGUCAGAGUCCACAUUUUUGUUAAGUAACUUUGUACAUAGCUAACAAAACAGCAUAUCUAUAAGACAAGCACAUACAGUACUAUACAUACUUUGCAUGUGCAAUAUUUAAACAUAUUAACUAGAAAAAGACUUUCAGUUGUAUCAUUAUUUAGAGGUAUAAUAAUUCUGAAACUGUAAAUACAUAAAUCUGUACAAACAUCGAAGGAUUAAGCAUUGGUGCAAUAAAAGUUUUUUAAUUAUGCUUUUGUUUCAUUUUAGACUGGACUUAUUCUUGUUAUCCUGGAUCAUCUGUUCAUUAUUAGUACACAGGAAUCAUUUUAUGGACAAAUGCAUGAAGGCAGGUCACAAACAGGUGGCAAAUAUCAGAAGGUCUAAAUGUACAGAAAAUAAGUGACAGGUAAAGCAUGACAAUGGGGCUUAAUGAGGGACAGGUGUGCAGGGAGGAGCUGAUGGGCUGAGCCCGGAGCACACUGCAGAGAUGAAGGUAAGACAUGGACCUCCAAUUAUCAAAAUGCUCAAAUUUUCCUGCAAAGAACAUUUUCUCCUUUUAGCUUUUUAAAAAAAUUUUUUAUAAUUCCAUUCCUGUUUUAUGUGAUUAGUCGUAUGAAAGCUGUGCUACACUUUGCUUUAAGUGGAUGGAGUCAUGAAUCCUUGAUAAUCCAGUCUUCCUCAGUGAUGAAGAGCUUUUUUUUUACUCCCAAUGCUCUAUUCUAAAGUGUAAUUCUUACAAAUUCAAAAAGUACAGGCCUUGGUGUGGAAAUGCACAUAGUACAAGCGGGGUCUAGAGGGCGAGAUGAUCCUGGGCUGACGAGAGGUAGGGGGAGACAAAACAGGUGUCAUAACAGUGGUCAGAGACCGAUGAGGGAAGAUACUGUAUGUAGCUGUAGAACAAAGAGAUCAAAGAAAUCCUAUCUGUAUGUAUUAUGAUCAUACUAAGACCACAAGAGGGUAGCAUUAGGCCCUGAGGUGGUGAAGCUGAGGGCUGUAGUAUCUAGUCACUGACUUUGUCCCUGAUCACCCGUUUAUCCUUUUCAAAGACGGACAUCUUAUUUUGAAACAAAAUUUAACACUUGUAUUGAAAUGCGGUGUUUUUUUGCAAUAGGUUAGAUCAAAGUGUCAUGUUCAUGCUCUAUCAGUUUUUAUAAUAUCUGUUUGGAAUUUACACAGAUUUUGCAGCUUUUCAUGCAGAGAUGCAAGCACAGAGGCGGCCAGGGGGACGGGUCUGCGCCAGGACACUUGACCUGCUGUCAGGUAACCAAACGGGGCCAUAUGGCACUGAGUGUUCCUGUCUGUUUUCUAAACCCAGACAGCUUCUGUUAUCUGCUCACAGGGACAUACAAAACAUUGCUGGUUAGGACAGUACUGUCAAUAUGAAAACUGAUAAUGUGGUUUUAAAGGAUUUGUGACAAGUAACCAAGUUAAGAUUUCACUUUUGAAAUAAUGUUAAGUAUAAGUUAUACUAUGUUAAUUAAAUAGAACUGAAUUAAAUAGAAUUUAUUUCUGUCUAAAACAAUGCUUUAUUUUUAAUGUUAAAACUAUUCAGAGUAGAAAGGAUUCACCUUGUACUUGAGAAACAAAACAAGGAGCCUGUUUUUAGAUCAGAGUGUCCUUGGUGAUAUUUACACUAAGUGCUGACUGGCAUUUAGCAGGAUUUUUGCCAACAUAUAUUAAUCCUAUUUCAUGCCAGGUGGAAAUCAGCAAGCCUACUGAGCCCAAUCAGCAUUCAGUGUUGUGUUAGCAUGCAGACUCUAUCCUCCAGAGCUGCGUCAUGCUGUCCAGCUCUUCACUAGAAACAGGUCCUUGUGCUCCCAGCAGGCUCCUCCUUUUUCAUUUACAUCUUAAGAUGAUGCUUCAUCCAGAGGAGUGAGAGUAAGCAGUAGCAAUUCAGGGUCUGGUUCAAGAACACUUUAUACAGGAUUCAAGGCUGCUACAGGAUUGAAUCUGUACCUUUCCAUUUAUAAGACAGUAUCUAUAAUACUGGGCUUCUGGCUGCCUCAGAUGACAGUGUAAUAUUUAGGUUUCCCAUUUUUAUAAAGAUUGUGACUUAAUGAUUUGUAAGCCAAGCUGGUGAGCUGUGGCUGGAAUCUCUUUUGUCUGUUCAUGGAGAUAACUGAAAGUAUGAGGGAAGCAGUUAACAGGGAGUGGCCACGCUCUUACUUUGCAGAGUCUCAAGCUUAUUUGAAGUCCAGAAAAAAAGAAAUGUUCACAUUUAGGUUCAUCAGCAAAUUUAUAAAUACUGUAAUAAUAUGCAUCUAUUGAAACUAAAAUGUCUUAACACCAAGUGCAACUUAAAGUGCAAAAGAAAAAUCUAAAGAAAACAAAUUACACAAUUUUUUUUUUAAACUGACUAAACAAAAUACUGUAAUCAGGAUUUGAAAAAAACAUACAUCUAUUCUGAGAAACAGUAACCAUGCAAAAACCUGGAAACCAGUUAUUUAUUGGAAGACAAUCUUGCAAAUCUGGCUGAUAGCACUGAAUUAACUGAACCUUUGACAUAUACAUCCCAGUUCAUUGACAGUACUGGCCUUCCAGCUUCUGACUGGCUGAACACACCUGAGCCAGGUAAUCAGCAGCAGGUCAGGCAGGGAUAGUUGGGAAAACAAGCAGGACAGCGGCCCUCGAGGACCGGAACUGGCCACCCCUGCUUUAAUGGAAGAAACCUUAUGGCACUCAGUAGGUAGCAGAAUAAACUGACUCAGCUCAACUAAAAUUCAUCCCCGUGUGCAUGCAUUACUUAAAAACAUACUACAAGAAGUACUGCAUUUGGUGCUACAGAAUGCUUUCCAUAAAAAUGGCAAAAGAAUAGACAGGUGACAAAUGAAAGGACAAACCAACAGUCUCAGUGAGGUGCUGGGGCACCAUGUGCCACCAGAGCAGCUCCACUUGGCACUGACCAAGUCUCUGAACUGUCCUGUAGGGAUGAACACUGUUCUUACAACAGAUAUUCCCUCGUGGUGUUUUGGUGAUGGUGGUGGAGACGCUGUCUAACACAUUUCUCCAACAUCUCCCAUAGCUGUUCAACUGGGUUGAGAUCCGGUGACGGCGAAGGCCACAGUAUAUGAUUAACAUCAUGUUCAUAUACUGACCCCUCAUGACCUGUGGAUGGGGCCCACGAUCAUCCUGGAAGACUGCUCAUAUAUUCAGGUUUUCCUUUCAUUUGCCACCGUCUGCACAAGUCCAUGAUUUAGCCCAGUAGCCCUCAACAACAUUAGUUUUGAGAUUUACAAUAACUACAAAAAAGCACCAAUAUACAGUCAACUUUAUUGUUAAUGCCUAUUUCUUCAUUAUAUUUAGUGUCUAGAAUUCUGUAAGAAGAUCAUUAAUUCCUCUUCAGUUAUCUUAAGCUCAAAAGAUGAGAACCACUGAUGAAGCUUAUUAACACCACCGCUCAUCAGUGCAUAUUGCUGAAAAUAUAAUUCCAGGUAUUUUAUCCUUUUACACCUCUUAAGAUGAAAUAAUGCAAACACUGAGGAUGAAAACAAUCCUUAUUUUUUUUACCCAA